CUUUUCCGGUCAUUUUUGUCGCGGUUCUCGUACUGAUUGAUGCUUAUCGCAAUCGAUAUGGAGGACUCCAGCAUGGGCCCUCGUCCGCUCCUUUCGGGUCUUCAGUGUACCCGCCAUGUGACAUCCAAGUUGGCACCAUUCGGCUUUAAUCGAUAAAUCCCCGCAGUUUUGCCUCACAAUAUUACUUAAAAAUUUCAUCUUUCGCUACUUUAAGAUGAUCUGAAGUGUUGUAACUACGUUCUCAAGUGCCUAUUUGCUCAACUUCACCACAAAGAAUAAUAGCCACUCUCACCGCCGGCUUUUCUACCGGGCCGCAGGAGGCCUAUCUCCUCUCGAUGAAAGAGCAGGCUUUCCGCCUCGAGGUUUGCAACGCCUUGUCUGGGGAACCUCUUACCGAACCCGUGCGGCCUGGUCGUUCCUGUUUAUUUGGUAGCGAUACCUCCGCGGACAGUCACGAGUGGAGCUGGAGUGCAAGCCGAACCAGGGUCAUUGACGUGAAGGAGGCGAUUGCGUGCGCGGUAGGGGAGAUUUUUGUGGUCGACAACCAUGAUGAAGACGAUGACCUCAUCAACAAUUGCGACAUGCUUGGCGGGGCUCUUAGCGAGCACUCGAAAGAGAAGCAGAUGAAGGAUAUCACCUGUGGUGACGAGGACCGGGGGGACACAUCAGCGUUAGACAUUAUAAACGACGACGGUGCAGCCGACAGUCUGUGUCUAGUAUUGGACCCUUUCACAUUCGAUCCGUCGCAGCCGCGCGUAACGUUUUCUGCAGCUCGAAAAAGCGAAGGCGAACGCAGUGAGCGCCGCAGGUCGUGGCGACGACGGCAUCACCAUCAGCAGACUGGACCUGGACGCAAACGGAGGUGCUUUCGCGAGAAUAUCAUGCUUCUCUGCGGGGACAAAAACCAGCUGCCCCUGCUGCUGGAAGAAGAAGAAGAAGAAGAAGCCGAUCUUUACGAGCAAGAGUCUAGAAAAGACCGCUGCUUGCCGUCCGACUUUAACGAGGUAAAUUUUCUGGACACUCUCGAGCGGGUGCUGUCGCAGAACCGGUUUCACGCUGUUGAUGAAACAACGUCAGGUAUCCUGAGUAAAAACGCACCCACACCAGAGUCAGGAUGGGGAUUUUGCAACACAAACCUAGAAGUUUUGUGAGCCACGCAUGACAAGUUGCACUCUGCAGUGUAGUGCAGGUUAGCAAGUGCAGCCGCAUCACAGAUUCAUCUGCUCACCCUGUUUACAGCAUCACAAAUUCCAAAACACGAUUGGAAAUAGCUCUCAUGGGGAUGCGCAUUCCAAGUCUUCCUGUCUUUGCAAAUCUGCAUUACAACUCUGGUGUGGGUACGUUUUUACUCAGGAUAUCAGGGACUGCGAGAGGUUCAGCGCCACCUACUGGCGCAGAUGUCAGCUGCCCAUCUUCGUCUGGAGCAGACGUGGUGGUGGUGAAAAUCGGGUUUGUUGUGCGUACCUACACGCUAUCAAGUGCAAAAGUGUCUGGGUCUGGAAGGGUUGGAGCUUGUGCUGCAAACUCUGGAACACACAAAAAUUUGUGUUGCAUGAGCGCCAAAAGCUGUCCAUUUCUUGGCGCGCAAGUAGGAAGUUUCUCAUGCGGGAGAGGCAUCAUGAGGCGUGCUCAAAACCUGUGAUGCUUUUGCCUGCAUCAGACGCCACUUGCGUGAUCCGAAAUAUGCAUGACAAAUCUCAGAAUCUUCCAGACCCAGACAUUUUUACAUUUGAUACACGCCCUUUCGAAACCGCAAGGAGCUGGAAGACGCGCUAGCUCCCUAUUGGCAGAUCGCGCUAUCAAAUGUAAAAAUGUCUGGGUCUGGAAGAUUGCCAGGUUUGUCAUGCACAUGUUGCAUGACUCCUGAUGUCUGUGAUGCGUGCCCAUGCAUCACAGAUUUUGUGAGGGCUUCCUGAUGCCUAUACCGCAUGACAAAUGCUCUUUCCGUGUAGCAAAAAUUGGGCUGUCUUUGCUGCUCAUGCAAUACAGAUUUUUUUAGAAUCCAAAAUCAGCAUGACAAGCUGGAUUCUCCCAGACCCAGACAUUUUUACAUUUGAUACGCGCGGCGCGCGGACCACUCUACAGUUGGUUCUGGUCAAGGUGGUGGUUCUUUUCGCCGUCGAUACAAGAUGAACAAGGGAAAAGGACUCGGCACAACUGAACCCCAGGAGCAGAUUUUGAAAACGGAGGAGAAAUACGGCCCGAUAUGA